UUGGGAGGAGAAAGCAAGUGAAAAAUGUAAAAAGCUUUUGUACGGACAAAAGUCUUCAGAUCUGUAAAGGUGAGAGGGAGUUCACAAGCCUGCAUAUUUAUUUGUGUAAAUGAGGAGUGAAACUCAAAUUCGAAAAAGAAAAAAUGAGCGGCUCUGUUGUGGGAUGAGCCUCAUCUUUGGAGCCAUUCUUUUGGAUUUUGAGUUUUGCAGUAAUGGCGUCUGAAACGGCGUCGUCUGUAGAUGAGCUUGCCGUUGCUUCAGUAGCAGCAGAAGGACCUGAUACGAGAGGCAAGCAUCGGAUUCUCGCCCAACUCAAGCGCGUCGAGCAAGAAUCCAAAUUCUUAGAGGAAGAGUUAGAAGAGCUUCAAAAAACAGAAAACGUGUCAACAUCAUGUGAGGAAUUGUUGCGCAACAUAGAAAUAAUACCUGAUCCACUACUCCCACUCACAAACGGCCCUGUGAACCCAUUAUGGGAUCAAUGGUUUGAAGGUCCCCAAGAUUCACAAGGUUGCAGCUGCUGGAUUCUUUGAUUAAAAGCAAUGCAAGGAUUUGUUGCGAGAGGCUUCAAGAUGUGUUAGUUAAUUGAUGUUCAUAAGUUACACCGGAGUUUUUGUUUUAGCAAAUGUUUUGACUAAAUUUUGCACCACGUGUGAGACUGAAAUUUGUAGGUUGAUCAUUCUGAAUGCACAAUUUACAAUCUAUUCAGAUAAA